CAAAGCAAAGAUUCUCUGGUGAUCUAGUCAAGGCAUGGGGCUAUGGCCCCCACAAAUUGGAGCUUCAAACGCACUACACUCACGGCUCACAUUAGCAUCAACUGCCUCUAUUCUCCAACUCCACUUCUUCCUCUUAGCAAUCCUCAAGCCAAACAAUGGAUGCCACGUUGCAAAAUACUUAAGACAUUUUCUUUUUUUUUUUUUAAAUAAUUUUAAUUUUGGUUGACCCUGUUAUGAGUAAAGGAAAAUAUACUUAUCUGGAAGGUCAAGUAAUAAAAUUUUCGAGUAUUGGUUUGUUUGUUGCAUUUCCCUCUUCAAUAAUAUCCGAACUUUAUCUCUCUAUUUUUUCUCUGCUACUAUCAGUGAAAUGUUUGUUGGUGUUUUUGGUUCUCUAAUAAGCAAACAAUUAAUAUCUCGAUAGUUAUUACCCCUUUGAAACUUCAGAUUUCCUUUCUUAUCCUUUCAUUUUUGUCCCUCCUCUAUCUCAGUCUCCAUUUUUCUAUUCCCUUCUUUCUAUCUCUCUGCAUACUAAAAUUUACUUUUGAGUGGAACGGACAUGGACGGAGGCGCACAGUACAACCCACGAACAGUGGAAGAGGUUUUCAGGGACUUCAAGGGCCGUAGAGCUGGAAUGAUCAAAGCCCUCACUACUGAUGUAGAAGAGUUCUAUCAGCAGUGCGAUCCUGAGAAGGAAAAUCUUUGCCUGUAUGGAUUCCCUAAUGAACAGUGGGAAGUCAAUUUACCUGCUGAAGAAGUGCCUCCAGAGCUUCCGGAGCCUGCAUUAGGUAUUAACUUUGCGAGAGAUGGGAUGCAAGAAAAAGAUUGGCUUUCUCUAGUAGCUGUUCAUAGUGAUGCAUGGUUACUUGCUGUGGCUUUCUAUUUCGGUGCUAGAUUUGGUUUUGAUAAAGCUGACAGGAAACGUCUCUUCACUAUGAUAAAUGAUCUUCCCACAAUAUUUGAGGUUGUGACUGGAAGUGUAAAGAAACAGGCAAAGGAUAAGUCAGUCUCAAAUCAUAGCAGUAACAAGACCAAGUCGAGCUCGAAAGGGCGUGGAACUGACUCUGGCAAAUUUUCGAAGGGGCAACCAAAGGAUGAAGAUGAAGGAUUGGACGAAGAAGAGGAUGAAGAGCAUGGAGAUACAUUAUGUGGGGCAUGCGGAGAGAACUAUGCUGCAGAUGAAUUCUGGAUUUGUUGCGACAUAUGUGAGAAGUGGUUCCAUGGCAAGUGCGUGAAGAUCACUCCUGCCAGGGCUGAGCACAUUAAGCAGUAUAAAUGCCCGUCGUGCAGCAACAAGAGAGCGCGACCUUGAUAUACAAAAGGUGGGGCUGGCCCUCACCUCUCUACAUCCCUUUUGUUCAUGCCAGCAGCUCAGUAUUUAGUCAGUCAGGCUUCCUAUGUUAUGUUUAUGUUAUGUAGGCACCGUAUAUUUAUUAGGGGUAUAUUUAUCCUCGGAAACUUGUUAGUUAUGUAUUCUAAUAUUUGGUAGUUUGCACAUCUGGACAGGUCUACCACUUCGAUUUGGAUAUAUAUUAUUUUCACUCUGUAGGAAAUCAUUUUUCCUAUUAAAAUGCAGAUCUUCACUUUUUGUUGGAUU